AUGUCUCAAGAAGAAAGAAUUUUUAAAUUACCUGCACCACCCCAGACCAGGCACUCUGCCUCACAAGGCAGUGAGGAGAUCAGAACAGAUGAUCUCAAAGAUACAUUCCUGAGGAAAUUCUCCAUCACUCCAGAAGGUGGACAUGUUCACCUGAAGGAAGUUGGAGUAUUCCUGUUAGUGCCUCCUGGAGCUUUGACUGAAACUACAGAAAUGUUCAUUGGUAUUAGUUUGAGAGAAGAAGACAUGCCACCGCUGCCACCAUGUCAGACUAGAGCAAGUCCAGUUGUUGUCUGCGGACCACAUGGCCUCACUUUCAGAAAACCAGUGUACCUGUCAUUUUAUCACUGUAUAUCAGGAACACGCCAAAGAAAGAGGGGAAAGAUCUGUCCUGAAAGUCUGACACAGAACUCAAGAAUGGAUAAUCCAUUUUACGUAUGGCAGUCAGAAACUCACUUAAAUGCCCCUUGUCAGUGGAAAGUAUUGAGCAGUGAUUCUGCUGUGUUGACAAACACCAAAUGUGUCUUAAAUGUGAACCAGUUCUGCAAACACAGUUUGUCAUGUGACAGUAAGCGUCUUUCUGCCUUGGUGUUUGGGUCAUUUCAGCCUCAACAUGUCCCCUUGCUGACACUGAUGGUGUGCUGUGUCAAUGACAUCAGAAAUGAGGUCGAGAAUGUGACAACUAAUGCUAAGGAAUCUCUCCAAAUGGAGAUGUUAGCUCUGGAAAAGCAGUUUCAUUUCUUAACUUGUGAGUACAGUGAGAGUGAAGACAAGGAGUCCUAUAAUGUCAGCCUUUCUUUGGAUGGGUAUGAGACAGAGUGGGACCUGCGUAAAGGCUGUCAUAAAAAGGUUAAUAUAAAGUAUGUGAAACUGCUCAAAAACAAAACAGAACAUGUAACGUAUGCCCUGAACCCUAAAAUGACAGAUGAACUUGAUGUGCUUGAUUGCAAGAUACAAAUAAAGCAGGAAGUAUCUGAGGACCAGGAAGAGGACAUCAAAGAGCUGACAUCAACUGAGUUUGACAUCCACUGGAAGUUACCA